UCCGGGCCCGGGAGGGUCCUCUCCCUGCCGUCCCGCACUUCCUCAAUUGAGGGCCUGUCCCUCCCGCUCCCGGGAGCCGAGGGAGGAGUUCCCCGAGCGGGGCGGACGCGGGACCCUUCAUUGCGAGGACUCCAGGCCGGAGGGGGCCCGAGACAGCAGCCCCUGGCCCCCUCCCCCCUCGGAGUCCUCACCCCGGAUGCCUGGGGGAGGGGGCCAGGAAGGGGAAGUGGCCGCUUCUGCUUCUGAAUUUUGUGAGGGGGGCAGGGUGUCACGCCGCUGAUGGAGAGGCGCGCGGGGUCCCCCACCCCCGGGGAGGGGGAAGUGCCGUCCUGGGGGGUGGGUGGCCAGCACACAUAUGUCAGGACUUGUGUUUCGGUGUGUCUUUGUGCACCUAGUGAGUGAGCCGAGUGUCAUUCCAUCUUUUUGUCCCUCUUUUUGUCCCUCUCUGUGCUCUCAAACCCUUCCCGCGUGCGUCUCUGCCGCAGGCUCCUGCCUGUCUGUCCCACGUGUUUCUGUCUGGCUUGGGGUCCCUGUAGUUCCAUGUCAAGGCAGAUCCUCUGUCUGCCGGACCCCUAGGACAGCGUGGGUGGGUCGUCUCCCUGGUCUGCGCCGUGUGGGUGUCGCUGCUUGGUUGUGAGUCCAUCAGCCUGCCCCGAGUCGGUCCCAACCGAGCCCACGCUCCCUCACCCCGACUCCCACACCCGGCCCCUUCCUGGAUACAGGCCUCCCAGGUGUCCCACACCCCCACAGGGCCAGGAGGGAAGGGGACACACACUCCGGUGAGGAGCUCUGGUGGAGGGAGGCAGUGACCGGCUCACCUGGGACACCCCUGCCCCCGACCAGGGCUUCCCCCGGUUCCCGAGAGCAGGAAGAGGUACAGUGAUAUCUUCCGGAGCCUGGACAACCUCGAGAUCUCACUGGGGAACGUGUGAGUCUGAGUGUGGGACACCCACAAAUCCUGGUGGGAUGCUCCAGGAACCUGCAAUACCUGGACCCACUUGCCUAGCAACUGAGGAGUCCGAGAGGACGCACCAAGCACUUGCUACCCAAAAGGCAACCCCCCAAAUCCAUUGGAAAUCCCCACAGUGGUCCUAGGACCCCACAUAUCCUGCUUGUGGUCUCUGAAAACAUUUGGGAUCCCUGUAAUCCUACUCUAUGUACCUCAAAGUUGCCGGAGGCCCUUAAAACCCUUUCCCAAGUUCCAUAAAAAACUCACCUAUUCCCCCCCUCCCAAACCCCACCUCUCAGACCUCUCAGGUAUGAGAUACCACAGCAGUGGUACCCAAGACCGAUCCUCAAAUCCCUGGGGUCCCUGGCACCCCCAGGGGGACAGACUGACUGGAGGGUGGAAUCCUGACACCCCUACCCACCAGGACCCUUGAGAUGCUGGCAGGAGAUAUGGCACCCUCAGGAGACCCUGACCCUGACCAGGCCCCCACAGCCACGGUGCCCCAGACCAGUGAAAGCAGCGGCUGGAGCAGCCCCUCUGCCGAGGUCUCCGCACGCCUCACAGCAGGGUAAAAUCGCCACCAGGACGCCUGGGGGCAUGGAACAGGUGCAGGGAGGGCUUCCCCUCAGGCCGUGCCCACCUGCCCCAGGGGAGGAACUGGAUCUGCGGCUGGUUCGCACCAAGGGCGGUGUGAACGCAGCCCUGGAGUACGCCAAGACCUGGAGCCGCUACGCCAAGGAGCUGCUGGCCUGGAUAGAGAAGAGGGCCAGCCACGAGCUGGAGUUUGCCAAAAGCGUCAUGAAGAUUGCGGAGGCUGGCAGGGCGUCCCUGCAUCAGCAGAGCCACAUGCCCCUGCAGGACGUCUACACCCUGUUUCUGGAAAGGGACCUCAACCUGGGGACCCUGACCUUGGAGACCGUGGCCCAGCAGAAAAGAGACUAUUACCAGCCCCUCGCGGCCAAACGGACGGAGAUCGAGAAAUGGCGGAAAGAGUUCAAGGAGCAGUGGGUGAAGGAGCAGAAGCGGAUGAACGAGGCGCUGCAGGCGCUGCGGCGAGCCCAGCUCCAGUACGUGCAGCGCUGCGAGGACCUGCAGGCGCGCUCCCAGGGGUCCCCCGAGGACUCGGCCCCCCAGGCCUCGCCGGGGUCCAGCAAGCAGCAGGAGCGGCGGCGGCGAUCGCGAGAGGAGGCUCAGGCCAAGGCGCAGGAGGCCGAGGCGCUGUACCAGGCCUGCGUCCGCGAGGCCAACGCCCGGCAGCAGGACCUGGAGGCCGCCAAGCAGCGGAUCGUGUCCCACGUGCGCAAGCUGGUGCUGCAGGGGGACGAAGUGCUGAAGCGGGUGACCCUAGGCCUGUUCGGGCUGCGGGGGGCGCAGGCGGAGCACGGACCCCGCGCCUUCGCGGCCCUGGCGGAGUGCUGCGCGCCCUUCGAGCCCGGCCAGCGCUACCAGGAGUUCGUGAGGGGGCUGCGGCCCGACACGCCGCCGCCCCCGCCGCCCGCCUUUUCCUUCCAGGAGUUCGUGCCCGCGGCGCACAGCUCCCCUCUGGACCCGAGGAAGAGGCCCUCGGAGCCCCCACCUCCGCAGCUGGAUGAGGGUGCGGACGUGGGCCCCGGCUGGCAGGGGACCCCAGGCUCCACCCUGGGCAGCGACGGGGACAGCGUGGGCGGCGGCUGCGAGUCACAAUCCCUGGACUCCCCAACUUCCAGCCCAGGCCCUGGCCCGCGGCGACUGGUGAAGGCCUCGUCCACGGGCACUGAGUCCUCAGAUGACCUCGAGGAGAGAGACACCGACCUGGGAGACGGGCUGGAGAACGGGGCGGGGAGCCCCUUCAGGAAGUGGACGCUGUCCAGCGCUGCGCAGACCCACCGGCUACGGCGGCUGCGGGGCCCUGCCAAGUGCCGCGAGUGCGAGGCCUUCAUGGUCAGCGGGACCGAGUGUGAGGAGUGCUUUCUGACCUGCCACAAGCGCUGCCUGGAAACCCUGCUGAUCCUCUGCGGACACAGAAGGCUCCCAGCCCGGACCCCGCUCUUUGGGGUUGACUUCCUGCAGUUGCCCAGGGACUUCCCGGAAGAGGUGCCCUUUGUGGUCAGCAGGUGCACGGCCGAAAUAGAGCAGCGCGCCCUGGAUGUGCAGGGCAUCUACCGGCUCAGCGGGUCGCGGGUCCGCGUGGAGCGGCUGUGCCAGGCUUUCGAGAAUGGCCGCGCCCUGGUGGAGCUGUCAGGGAACUCCCCACAUGACGUGUCCAGUGUCCUCAAGCGCUUUCUCCAGGAGCUCACCGACCCCGUGGUCCCCUUCCACCUCUACGACGCCUUCAUCUCUCUGGCCAAGACCCUGCGUGCAGAGCCAGGGGACCCCGGGACCCCCGGCCCCGAGCUGAUCCACUCGCUGAAGACUCUCCUGGGGCAGCUGCCUGACUCCAACUACAACACCCUGCGGCACCUGGUGGCUCACCUGUUCAGGGUUGCUGGCCGGUGUGAGGAGAACAGAAUGUCUGCCAACAACCUGGGCAUCGUCUUUGGGCCAACACUUCUGCGGCCACCGGGUGGUGUGGGUGCUGCCGGGCCUGGCCCUGUGGCCUGCCUGCUGGACUCUGCGCACCAGGCCCAGCUCGUGGAGCUCCUCAUCACGCAAUAUGAGCAGGUCUUCGGGAUGGACGAGCUGCCCCCGGCCAUUGAGACCCCACCCCGCCACCCCAGCCCGGGCCCCGGGCCCCUCGCGAGCAGCCUCCAGCCACCAACCCCACAGCUCGUGCCGGACCCCCCGCCCCCAGCCCUGGCCUCGGACCCGGAGCCCCUGCCCCGGAGCUCCCUGGAGCAGUGCCCUGAGGCCACAGCCCCUGAGACCCCGACUCUGCUGAGUGACCUGGCAGAGGAAGUGGCAGAAGACACCAAAAAUGGGGAAGAGGAAGCGUCCAGCCAAGGCUCCGAGGACCUGCCCCUGGGGACGCAGUCCCGCGGCCAUUUCAGCCGCCAGCCAGUGAAGUACCCCCGGGGGGGUGUGCGGCCCGUCACCCUCCAGCUGUCCAGCCUGGCCCUGGUGGCUUCCAAGCUGGGUGAAGAGACCCCUGUUGCAUCAGGGCUGCCAGGGAGCUUGCGGGGUCGGGGGUCUGGCCUUGCCCCCGCCUCCUCUGAGGGCAGCCCCCUGCGCCGCGCCCCUCUGCCCAAGCACUUUGAGAUCACACAGGAGACAGCCCGGCUCCUCUCCAAGCUGCACGGUGACGCCGUGCCCAGGGCCGUGUGCUGCCCGGACGCCCAGCCCGAGGAAGCCGAGGACCAUCUCUGACCAGCCCCCACCCCCACGUGGACGACCCACCUGUCCCCACCCCACUCCGUGGUCAGACACUGAGCCAGGAGUUUAGUCCCUGGGGCUCCUGGAGAGCUCCUGUAAGGAGAGAGAAGAUGGUCCGGGAAGCCUAAAGCCCUGUCUGGGCAACGUCUGGGGCCCCCCACCCCACCAGUCACCGGUCACUGUCAGGCAUCGGGGUCACAGGUCACAGGAUCCUUGGGGUCCACCUGGGCCCUUGUCACUUUGGUGGUGACCACUCCCCCUCUCCUCCUUGUGGGGCCCGUGUCUCGGGGAGGGGCGGGCAGCCCAGACCCACUCCCCUCCCCCCGAAUAAACUGUGACCUGAG